CCAUAUGUGUACCUGAACCCCAUCUUUAAUGGAGCCGAAUCACAGCAAUCCGAGGAUUGCGAGUAUAUCGAUGGUGAGGAUGACAAAGAUUGCAUUUUCGAAUCGGGUGUCAAGAACAUUCUGAACUUCCCGAAUGUGAGAUGUAACUCCAUUCAAGAGUUCAAAGUAGAGAUGUUUGAUAAUGAUACUGGAUUCGAUGACGAUCUUGGCGAAUUUGACUGGAUGUACGAACUCAAAACGAUGAACGCCACAGGUGAAUACAAAACCUUCUCGAAGGAACUUGAUAGCACAUUUUUCUCCAACGGGGAGCUUCAAUUCAAAGUACAAAUUGUACUACCCAGAGGCGCCGACCCUUCACCGUCGCCUACACCUUCAGUCUCGCCAGCUGCCUAA